AUAUUCUUUUCUUCACAUAACUUCAGGUAUCCCCAGUUUUUCCUCUCAAACUUUCUCACAUUCUCUUUCUCUCAUGGAAUUGCCUGUUAAGUCCCCGGAUUCUGGUGGCCGGAAAUAUCCGUACAGAUUGGAAACUAGGGAUCUGUCUUACAAGUUGAGCACCAAAUUUGAAGACUAUUUCAGGUGUGAUUUUUGUGGUGGGAAUGAAGGUAGAGCUGCUGCUAAGUUCAUUUUGAAGGGUGUGAACUGUGAAGCUAGGCCCGGACAGGUUACUGCAAUAGCUGGACCAAGUGGUGCAGGCAAAACUACAUUGCUAGAUAUUCUUGCUGGGAAGAUACCACCUUGUGAAGUGUCAUCAGGGGAAGUUCUUGUCAAUGGCAAGCCUAUUAAUGUUAAAGUUUUUCGGAGAGUUUCGGGGUAUGUUACGCAAGACGACGCGCUAUUUCCGUUGCUUACAGUCGAAGAAACGUUGAUGUAUAGUGCACUUUUGAGGCUACCAGGAGGGAGGAAGGAAGCUGGUUCUAGAGUGAAAGAGCUAAUGAAGGAGCUAGGAUUGGAACAUGUGGCGGGUUCCAGGAUCCGUGAGGGAUCGAACAACGGCAUUUCGGGUGGAGAAAGGCGAAGAGUAUCGAUCGGGGUCGAUUUGGUUCAUGACCCUGCUGUUAUCUUGAUUGAUGAACCAACUUCAGGGUUGGAUUCUGCUUCAGCUCUUCAUGCAGUGACACUACUGAAAUCAAUGGCAGUUAAUCAAGGUAAGACUAUUGUUUUAACCAUCCACCAACCUGGUUUUCGGAUCCUCGAACUGUUUGAUCGCAUCGUUUUGCUUUCAAACGGAUUUGUCGUCCAUAACGGAGGGCUAAACCUUCUCGAAGAAAGACUAAAGUUUGCUGAUCAUCGAAUCCCUCGACAUGUCAAUGUUCUUGAAUUCGCCAUUGAUGUUAUAGAAACUUUACCCGUCCCAAAUCCAGGCACUCUAAGUAACAUAAACCGGGAAGACCGUAAAAUUACAACCCCAAUCCGCUUCGAAAGAAAGCUGCUCGUCUACCCAAAUUCCCGGUUCGACGAGGUCUUGAUAUUAGGACAAAGAUUCUGCAGCAACAUAUUCAGAACCAAACAACUCUUUGCCACAAGGGUCAUACAAGCCUUGGUAGCAGGUUUUAUACUUGGAACCAUAUAUUUCAACGUAGGAAAUGAUAAAGGAAGGAUAGCUUUACAAACCCAAACAGGGUUCUUCGCUUUCACCCUCACAUUCUUACUAUCUUCAACCACUGAAGGACUACCAAUUUUCUUACAAGAAAGAAGGAUCCUAAUGAGAGAAACAUCAAGAGGAGCAUACAGAGUCUCCUCCUAUGUCUUGUCCAAUACCCUUGUUUUCCUCCCAUUUCUUUUAAUGAUAGGCAUCCUCUUCACUUCACCAGUUUACUGGCUUGUUGGAUUGAGAAAAGACACCGUUGAUGGGUUCCUUUACUUCUCCUUGGUGGUAUGGAUGGUACUUUUGAUGGCCAAUUCAUUCGUGGCAUGUUUCAGUGCACUUGUCCCAAACUUCAUAAUGGGGAACUCAGUGAUUGCAGGUCUAAUGGGGUCUUUCUUCCUGUUUUCAGGCUAUUUUAUAGCUAAAGAUAAGAUACCAAGCUACUGGGUUUUCAUGCAUUAUUUGAGCUUGUUUAAGUACCCAUUUGAAUGCUUUAUGAUAAAUGAGUAUGGAGGGGAACAAGGGGAAAGGAAGUGCAUUGAAAUUGAGAAUGGUGAAUGUAGGUUGUAUGGGAGUUCGUUCUUAAGACAGCAAGACCUGAAAGAUUCACAGAAAUGGACCAAUGUAGGUGUCAUGUUGGGCUUCAUAGUUGGGUAUAGAGUGCUUGGUUUAGUUAUUUUGUGGUUUAGAUGUUACAAAGCUAGAAACUAAAUAAUCUUUUCUUUUCUUUUUAAUUUUUUCCAUUAUUAUUGUUAUUUAUCAAAUUUUUUUACUCACUCAUCUACCUAUAUACUUAAUGCAAAAUCUGUAUGUAUACAUGGGUUUGCUUUAAAUUCAUUGAGGAAAGGGAUUUAGCAGAUAGUUGUUAUUAUUAUUCUUAAUCUUAUUCUUAUUAGGC